CCCGGAGGGGGCUGAGCGCCGGGAAGGGGAAGCUCCCCUGGGAAAGCGAUCCUGCCGGCAGCCGGGCCUUUGGCACCCAAGGGACGGAGCCGCUCUCGAGGUCAAACGAUUUCCUUCACUCUCCAAAACUAAGGCCUUCUCAAGGUGUGAUGGCGUCUCAUCAGCCCCAUAUUUCGGGACGGUGCGGCCUCUUUGGUUUCUCUGGCACUCGCGGGAAGAGCGGUAGUGUGGAUUCUGAUCUGCAGUUUCUUGGACUCAGUAACCCCUGGCAAGAGAAAGUGUGCGCCAGCCUGAGUUUCACCAGCAAGUCGCAGCGGAUUUUUUGCAGUCCCCCGGAACACGUCUCGCCUUUCCUGGGCUCUCCCGCCGCCGGCCAGGGCUCCUUCCUUCUUCCAUCCUACCCCUUCUCGUCACCCAGGCACAGUCCAAAGCGCACGUCCCCUCCCACGGAUCCCCUCAAGAACUCACAAGAUCAUGCUGUUAACUUCUCUAAUUCCUGGCCGCUGAAGAGCUUUGAAGGGCUUCCAAAACCUACUCCCCAGAAGAAGUUUUCCAGUGCAUUAUUAGGAGAGGAUACAGAAGCGAACAUUCAGGAUACGCCUCCAAUCCAGCUGAAGCCUGCCUUUGUGAGGUCCCCUGCGUCCCGGCGAGGCCUGAGCGGAACAAAACCGGUGCCUCCCAUCCCCAGGGGGGUGAGUCCCUUGCCUGACCCAGCAGAGGCCAACGUGGCCGUCGGACGCAAGAACGGGGAACCGGAUGACCUCUGGCUGAAGGAACGGGGCAAGAAGCUGUCCAUCGACCUUUCAGAAUUGAACGUCUGUGAGAAGGACCUGGAUGAGGAAGAGAUGCAGAAUUCUCUUCGGUCUCUGCGUAAUAGCGCGGCGAAGAAGAGGGCCAAAUUCAACGGCAGCACAUCCGAUCUGGAAAGUCCUGACUCCUUGUUGAAGCUUGACCUGACCUCGGAGUCUCCUUCUUGUUUGUCGUCCCCGAGCAACAGCUCCUACGGCGAAAGUGGCGUCUAUAGCCAGGACUCCGUCACGUCCCCGCUCUCCACAGCCCCUGCAGAGAAAAGAACCACAAGGCCGGAUGUCUUUCCUCUGCUUGGAGGCAACCUGAUGCCCACGGAACUCUCACCGGUGCAGUGCCGAGGUCCCGUCCUUUCCGAACAGAGCCUCGGCACAGGAGUAGCGUUCCACGAGAAAGCAGCCUCCGGCGUCAGCGUUAGUGGCCAGCGCCUGAACUGCGGCAACGGCUCGGGAGACUACGAAGAGGACAGGCGGAAGGUUGUAUCGCCUGCCCUUUCCAAAGGGCCGGCCAGAGAGCACCGGAGGCACUGCAAGCCCUUGAAAGGAUUUACAGGGCCCACCUCAAGUUUACAGCAGCUGACUAGCCCAGACUACCUUUCACCGAGUGCCUUGACAGAAGACUCUGUCGUCAUUGUUGGAAAAGGUGUGUUUGGAAGCCCGCCUUCUGCACCCCUGACGUAUGGCCAGUCCAUCAUCUUCAACAUGGAGAAUGGUGACGCACCUUCCUUCAAGCAGAGCAUGGAGCCCCUUUCGGGGAUUUACGGGAGAGCUGUCCAGCAGCAGAACUGUGCGCCUCACCUUGAUGUAGAAAAUGAAAAAGAUGUGAAAGUUUCCUUAUCCAGAUCUGCUCGUGAAAAGAUGAGACAGAAGAAGAAGGAAGAAAAAGAGCAUCGGGAAGGGGAAAGGAAGGAAUCAAACCCUUGGGAACUGUUCAAGCCCAACGAGUCAGAGAAGAUGGCCGCAGAAAGCCGACAUGCGGCUUUCAGUCCUCAGUUGAAAAGAACAUCCAGCGUUAAAAGGUCGCAACCUUCACUCCUGCUAGAGUCAGGUGAAAUGUCUCUGGGCCCACAAAUGCAGUUCAAAGAUCGGAUGUUGUCUGUCAUGCACAGCCCAGAGAUCAUGGAACCAUCGGAACUGAGGCCCUUCCCCAAACCCGACGUUGCUCUUUCGGAAGCCUUACAGUAUCUGGCCGACGAUGACUGGGAGAAGAAAAUUGAAGGCUUGAACUCAAUUAGGUGCCUUUCUGCUUACCACCCCGAUGUGUUGACUGCAAAGCUGCACGAAACCAGCCUGGCUGUUGUUCAGGAGGUGAAGAAUUUACGGUCUGUGGUCUCCCGGGCGGCCGUGCUGUGUUUAGGGGACUUGUUCAACUACCUGAAAAAGAGCCUGGACCAAGAGCUAGACCACACCGUGAAAGUCCUCCUGCACAAGGCCGGGGAGCCAAACACUUUCAUCAGGGAGGAUGUGGACAAAGUGCUGAAGGCCAUGGUGAACAACGUGACGCCGGCCCGGGCGCUUUCUGCUCUGAUCAAUGGAGGCCAAAGCCACUUGAACACGACAGUGAGGAGAUGCACCGCACGACACCUGUCGGAUCUCGUGGAGCACAUGGGACCAGGACGCAUCCUGUCUGGCAUUAAAGAUGUGACCGACAAGGUUUUGUCUGCUGUCGCCAAGUUUGUCCAAGAUGGAUCCCAGGAAACAAGGUACUACGGCCGGAAGAUGCUUUACACGCUGAUGACCCACGCAGACUUCGAGAAGAUGCUUGAGAAAUACGUACUGCCAAAGGACUUGCCUUACGUGAAGGAGACGGUUGGCAGCCUCCGGCAGAAGGGGCUGGGAGAGAUGCCGAUUGUCACCCCUUCGGCCAAAGGGAGGCGUUCGAACACCAGCACCAUGGAGAGCUCCCGGUCGGCCUCCAUGUCUCGGGAAGUGCUCAGCGUGAGCGACAGCAGAGAGAUCAGAGAAGGGCGGGAAAUGUCCAGGAAGGCGGCUCCUCGCAGCGCGGUGGAAAGCGCAGAGUACGUGAAGGCCGUCACGAGCUUAUUGAAUGCAAAAGACUUCCGGGACCGAAUUAGCGGCAUCAAACAACUGCUGGCAGACACGGAGAGCAAUCAAGACCUCGUUGUGGCAAACAUUGUGAAGAUCUUUGAUGCCUUCAAGUCCCGCUUGCAUGACUCCAACAGCAAAGUCAACCAAGUGGCCCUGGAGACCAUGUCCCGGCUGAUUCCGCUGCUGAAGGAGAAGCUUUCCCCCGUGAUCAACAUGCUGAUCCCUGCCCUGGUGGACAACAAUCUGAACUCCAAGAACCCCGGAAUCUACGCCGCCGCUACCAAUGUCAUCCAGGCUCUUUGUCAGCACUUAGACAAUUACUUGCUUCUUCAGCCAUUUUGCACAAAGGCCCAGUUUCUGAACGGAAAAGCCAAACAAGACAUCACUGAAAAGCUUGCGGAGCUUGUCACCGAGCUGUAUCCCCGGAAACCUCAUGCCGUGGAGCAAAAAGUCUUGGCCGUUUUGUGGCACCUGUUAGGCAACAUGACAAACAGCGGCUCCUUGCCAGGAGCCGGUGGAAAUAUCCGAACCGCCGCUGCUAAAUUGUCCAAAGCCCUUUUUGCACAGAUGGGCCAGAACCUCUUGAUCCAUGCUGCCUCCCAGCCCCCGCACAUCAGAAGAACUCUGGAGGAAUUCCUGGAUCCAGCCACAUGACGCAGGAAGGGGUGUGUGUGUGUGGACACCACUGCUAUUUCAGAUUUCCGAGCCACCGGCAGCAGGCUGUUUCCCACGAGGCUGAGCGGAUGGUCCUCAAGCCCCAUUUCCGAGCCAGGUAGUGUCUGCAUUUCAUGCAGAAGGAAAACUUGGCAGUGACUGGUCUGAAAGACCGACUACCACGGACGCUGUCUUUGCAGUAUAUCCGCCCGAGGCUGGAAACCAAGCUCAGCAGGAGGCUUGUGGACUGUCUCCGUCUCUCCUGGUGCUCUUCCAAGAUCCGGUAUCGAUGUGGGGACUGGCUGUCUGCGGAAUCAAAGUUGAUUCUGCUUGUUUGCACUCUUCCUUUGACUCUGUGGCGCCACGCCCCGCAUGUACGAACAAAGAUGAGAUUUUUCACUAGGAAUAGAUUUAAUCAUGAAAUCAUGUGAUGACAUGUCUUCUCAUGUAGCCUUAAGAUGAACAGAAGCUUCAAAAAAGCUUUGAAUGAUACAUGCAAACAACAGGGUUCUGUGUGAUGUUUGUGGGGAAAAAUGCCUUUUGAAAAUCAGUCCUGCUCCUGUUUGUGCAGUGCCGGCUUGCUUUUGCUGCUGUCAAAUGUGUUACAUCUGGCUUGACUGUUGGGUGUAAUUAUCUGCACACUAUUGUCACACUUUUAACAAAUUAAUGAAGCAUGUGGACCAAAAUUUGUAGUAACAGGGUUUGAGCGACACACGUCCUAAAAGAAAUGUCUUGUGUUGGCUAUCGCCCCCAUAUUUCAGUGUGGGAAAUAUUGCUGAAUUUUAUCUUUGUCCCAAACUUACAAAGGGUGUUUACCUUCAUCCCCCUGCUGUGCAAUUCUCAACGAUGUAGUGCCAGGUCUUCUGCUCUCACAAUUUGGUAUCUUACAAAGUACUGUAUUCAUUUGAAAGGGAAAAAAAAGUUAUAAAAAUAAAUGGAUUUAUUUCUGUAAAGAUGUGGGA